UCCUGUACUGUUUCUUCUCACGUCUCAGAGCUACCAGAGACUGUUCACUAACUUCAAGAUCAAUAAAGAGGAAAAGUUUUGGAUGCCAAGCAGCCACUGGGUCCCAUCACCCAAAGCCGUGUCUGUGCGGACUACAAACCUCCUUCCUGACUGAGAAGCUUUGCAGAGACUCCUGGGAAAAAGACUGCAUACAAACACAGGCCGCCUUUAAAACCUGAGUGGAACAGAAGGGGGAUUCAUCCAGGAAGCCCAGCUCAUCUGGAUCACUUGGCAAUUCAAGAAUCUGAAAGUUUAAAAACAGUCAUUCUAAGCAAAAUGGAGCUUCAGAAGAUGAAUGGACACAGCAGGGAUGAUGGGUUUGAUGCCAUUGAUGGGCUGGCUGAAAAUGAAGAGUUUCUCCCGCAUAAAACCACCGUUAAAAAAAAAGAAAUCCACUUCACAGAUUUUGAGGGGAAGACUUCGUUUGGCAUGUCCAUCUUUAACCUCAGUAAUGCAAUCAUGGGCAGUGGAAUUCUGGGUCUGGCUUUUGCUAUGUCCAACACUGGAAUCGUUCUUUUUAUAAUCCUCCUGGUGUCCAUUGCCAUCUUGUCUGCGUAUUCAAUCCAUCUGCUGCUAAGAUCUGCUGGCAUUGUCGGUAUUCGAGCAUAUGAGCAGCUCGGCAACCAUGCUUUUGGCAACCCUGGAAAGGUGAUCGCUGCUUGUAUCAUAACCGUACACAACAUUGGAGCGAUGUCCAGCUAUCUUUUUAUAGUAAAAUCGGAGCUGCCACUGGUUAUACAGGCUUUCCUCGGUAAACAUGACAACACGGGAGAGUGGUUCAUGAAUGGAAACUACUUGAUCAUCAUUGUUAGUGCUGUCAUCAUUUUUCCUCUAGCACUCAUGAAACAGCUUGGCUAUCUGGGCUACACCAGUGGCUUCUCCCUGUCUUGCAUGGUGUUUUUCCUCAUCGCGGUCAUAUACAAAAAAUUCAACAUCCCAUGUCCGUUUAAUGAGGAGCCGCACCAUAACAUAACCUCUUCUCACCUCCUCAACUCCACCAUGAACAGCACUGACUGUGAGGCCAAAGCAUUCACCAUGAACUCACAGACAGCAUACACCAUCCCAAUUCUGGCUUUUGCUUUUGUCUGCCAUCCAGAGGUUCUGCCGAUCUACACUGAGCUACGAGAUGCCACCAAAAGCCGAAUGCAGAAAGUUGCCAAUAUUUCCAUACUGGCCAUGUUUGUGAUGUACCUGCUGACCGCCCUUUUCGGUUACCUCACCUUUUACACUGCGGUGGAAUCUGAGCUGUUACACACCUACGUGCGAGUGGACCCUCUGGAUGUCCUGAUUCUGUGCGUCCGUCUGGCCGUGCUGAUCGCCGUCAUUCUGACCGUCCCUGUAGUUCUCUUCCCGAUUCGACGGGCUGUGCUUCAGAUUUUGUUCUACGACAAACCCUUCCACUGGGCCAGGCACAUAGGCAUCGCAUUUGCCCUGGUGUUUCUGGUUAAUCUGCUUGUUAUAUUUGUACCCUCCAUGAAAGACAUCUUUGGCCUCAUCGGAGCCACAUCUGCCCCCAGCCUCAUAUUCAUCCUUCCCGCAAUUUUUUACAUCCGCAUUGUUCCAGAGGAGCAGGAACCAUUGAAGUCGAGACCUAAGAUUCAGGCCGCGUGCUUCGCUUUAUUGGGGUUCAUUUUUAUGGUGAUGAGCCUGACGUUUAUCAUCGCAGACUGGGUGAUGGGAGAACCGAUUAAAGGCGGACACUAGCUGUGCGCUGGACGUCAUGACUGAACGGAGGUACUGCGGGCAGAAUGUCGACCGAAAAUCUCCUGUUAUACUCUUCAAUCUGUCCAAUUUCAAACUCGACCAAAAAAAUUAAAAAAAAGGGAUGAUGUGAAAACCUCCACCAACAUCAAACACAAUCCGGCAGGGAAAGUUGUGUGGUAAAGGUUGAAAGGCGAC